AACAUUUACUGGUCGACUCAGGGUUCCUAAUGGUGCAACGAUUCAAUUAAAUUAAAUUAUAUAAAAAUUGAUGCGAGUGCAUCAAUCGUCGGGUGAAUGCAGAUUUCAACGGAAAAAGUGAAGGAGCUGCUUUGAAGCCACAGCACACAGCAUCUCUACAGGAAGACAUCCGCCGAGUACAAGAAGAAACUUCAAAGAGCAUGCUUUCGUUUUGAAUGGGUGGUGCAUGUGUGAUAAGUAAAGCAUACUAAUUAACACGAAACUCUUGGAGUGGAAGUUUGAGGCAAAGUGUGUGAUUCAGGGGGCGGCAAAGGUUUCGUCGAACAACAGCUGGCAUAGGCGUUUGAAACACUCGUCUGGCUUACGCAGCAGCCCUAAAUCUCCGGUGCAUAGAUAUCUGCAUCUACAACUUCAGAUGAAGCCGAAAGUGCAGCAGCAAAAGUGAAUCCAGUCAGCGCAGCCAGUCGGUAGUUUUUGCUUUUCUUCGGAGCGUAAAACGUUAAGUCGGUUGUUCAGCAUCGCCGUCUUUGCCAUCGUCGUCGUCGUCUUGAGCUUGAGGCCUUAGUGGGGUCUUGAAAUCUUGAAGUGCCAGCCCGUUCGGUUGCUCGUUGGUAGACAUUGGGUCCAAUCCGUCGUCAGUCGGUAACAGACCGUCUCAGUUGGUGGAUCAGCAUUUCGCAUUUCGCAUUGCAGAGAGUGAACGUGAUUGAAAGUGAAGUUGUUGGCGCGCAAAUUAACGGUGGAUUUUCAAGUGAUAGGGAAAAAAGAGCCUUACCGAAGCGUGGUUGAUUAGGGCGAUUGGUGCUGCUGCUGCUGUUUAGCAGAAGAAAGUGAUUGUUUUUUCUUGCCACCGCCUUUAAGUGGUGUGUUGAAUUAGUGAACAGUUUGUGACGAGUGGAUUGAUUAGAGGUGCUUCAUUAGGAGCGAUUUGGGAGCUGUGCGUGUCCCCGCGAGUACUUGCUAAAGUACAACCAUCACGAAUCGGACAAAUUUCGGAGGAGACAAAAUCAACGAACCAAUAUGCGGCUACCACUGCAACUUAUCAGCAGCAUUCUGCUGCUGAGCAUCGUCGUCCAUCAGGCUCAAUCGGCGGCGUUCAGUAAUGCUCACAGCUCGGAAGAACAUGAGGACGUCAAAGAUGCCACCGCCGCAGGAGCAGCAAAUGUAGCCCAGUAUCGGGCUCGUCCAGGUUAUUCCGCCCAGUACAGCUCCGAAGAGGAGGAAGAUGAACCUCAGCAAGUUUACAACCGCCGUCAGCACCACUCGCAGGACAAGAAGGGCAAGAAGCAAGCGUAUUCCAGUGAAGAGGUCGAAGUCGAAGAAGAACCUGAUCGAUUGUCCGUCCUGUUGGAGAAAUCCGACUUCCACUGCACCGGUCGCACCACUGGAUACUACGCCGACGAAAGCCUAGGCUGCGAAGUGUUCCACUAUUGCCAAGAGAACCAGAAGCACUCUUGGAUAUGCCCAGAAGGAUUCACGUUUCAUCAGGUGCACCUGAUUUGCAUGCCACCAUCUAGCGACAACAUCUGUGAACAGUCCUCGAAGUACCACUUUGUCAACGACUAUCUCUACAAGCCAAUUAACAUGGAGGAACACAUGACCAAACCCAAUGUCACUUUGAGAUACUCAGAGCGAUACUACCCGGAGAACUUCUACGUUGAUGAGCGUCACUACGACUACGACCGUCAGCAGCGCGUCCAUGAAGAACGUCGCCAGCCCGUUCAACAGCAACCGAAGCAACAGUACCAUGUUCCCCAGCAGCAGCAGAUCCGUAAGCAGCCGGCAUUCGUUGUUUCAUCCACUCCAGGCUACCGGUCAGUGAGCCCAAGCCCAACCCACCAGAGCGUCUACCGCAGCCCCGAAGAGAUCAACAUCUCCCUGCAGCAGAGAAGGCCCAGCUACUCGCCAACCACUCAACGCUACGAGGAGGAUGAAGAGUACGGCAGCUACGAGCGCUAAUGCGGCUCCCUCUGUCCAACACAGUCACCAGUAUCGUCUAGUGAUACCUUCAAAAGGACAGUUCACGUUUUGAAUUAGUUUUUAAGUCGAACCAUUUAGUUUGUUAAGCAUCCGAGGAGCAAAGUUUUGAAUUCUUUUGCCAUUAAAAGUGAAUUCCUGUGUCCCCUUUAUUCUUGUGCUCGCUCACUUAUCAACUCCCUUCUACUAUCUUUCAAGGUGUUCUAUUUUGUUGACGCGGAAGGAGUAGAAGAACCAUUUCAUAACAGAUCUUAUGUCGCACGUAAGAUUCUUUUAUGAGAUGCACCGUUGUUGUAACGUUCUUUUAUUGCAGUUACAAAUAUGUUUAAAUAAAGUUUUAACAUUAUUUAUUCUUACAAUAAA